UUGAGGGUAUGAUUCCAAAUGAAAUGUGUAGUCUCCCAGUUCCUUUCUAGGGAUUACCCUCAGAAGGAAAGAGGUCUCCAAAUUACUUUAGAGUUAAUUCUACUUUCCAGCUUUUAAUAUCACUGCAAGAAGUAGGUCACACUCUUUAAAUCACAACUUGAUUACUGCUUGGGCAACAGUAAGUUGGUGUCACCAUAAUGAAAGUGGACUCACCAGUCCAGGGACCAGAAAAAAGAUCAAAUUAGGAGAGGUUUCUGCUUAGGGGAGCUUAAUACUGCAGUGCUUGUGCGUGCCCAUUUUUAUUUUUAAUAAUGCUCUAAGGAAAAUGAAACAUUCACAAAAUUAAUGGUUGCUUCAUUCUCUACAUCUUCUCAGAUGACCUACAAAGGAAAUUGAUCAUGUUUGAUUGUUCUCCAGAAGUCAUAGCUGCUAUCAUAGCAACCCUCUGCAAGCUCUGUAAAGUGCAGCCAGAGGAAGGAGGAAACAGUAGCCAUUGGUGUUCUGACUUAUUGAAGGCCUCCGAGGAAUUCUUGUCCAGUGUAACAUUAAAACGGGACUCCUUAGAUGAAGAACUUCUUAUGAGACAUUUGUUCACUGUGGGAGAAGUAGCACAGCUUGCACCAACCAAGACCACAGAACGGCUGUUUAUGUUUGUGGAAUCCAUGCUGAUAUCUCACAACAACAAACAAGGUUGGUUGUGAUAGUUUUGUUGGAGCGUUUUAGUAAUAGCUAGUCUCCUGUUAAACUUUGUGCUCAGUGCCUUUCUUACCUAAUACUAAUGGAAGGUACUUACUGGGUC